AUUAGCAUCAUCACUUCUGAGGCUAACGCGCUAACUUGCUGCUAACCGCUAAACUGUUUUCAGCUUAGAAACAAACAACAGCUACAACUACAGCGAGACAAAACAUCAGCAGCCAUCUCGAAUACUGUUCUAAUUCUUCAUUUAAAUGGCUUGCCAGUUUAUUGAGGUAGAUAAGUUAAGAGACACUCUGCGCGAGAGUCUGGGAAAGGAUGACAAACGCCAGGAGGACAUCAGCAGACCGGAUGUUUUGACGCGCAUUGAGAGCGUCAUCCAGACGAUAGUCAUCAGUGUGUCUGAAGGAGAAGCUCCUGUGCUGAGAGUGAUGAAUAGAUCCAGCUGGGACAAUGUCAGAUUUCACGAGUCUGUUGGUUUAGUUCAGAAGACAGAUGUCCCUGUGAGGACUCUCCGAUGUGACUGCCCUUCAUCAGCCACCAGAUUUGCCCUAACUUUGAAGCUCUUGUCUGUGAUUUACAAACUUGUACAGAGUGACUCCUAUGCUACUAAAAGGGACAUAUACUAUAACGAUCCACAGCUGUUUGGGUCCCAGACGACCUUGGAUUCCAUCCUGGAUGACAUCUCGUGCAUGCUCAAGGUUCCUCGCAGGAGUUUGCAUGUGUGUGCAACAUCCAAAGGCUUCAUCUCAGGUGAUCUGUGCUAUUUGGAGGAAGAUGGCACAAAGGUGGACUGCAGUUCCAGCUCCACUGCGGUUCCGGUGUCUUCCAAUGUUAAUGGGAUCAGAAACAUUGUAUCAUCUGCGAAAUUCAUUCUGAUAGUGGAGAAGGAUGCGACUUUCCAGAGAUUACUGGAUGAUGCCUUUUGCACCAGACUUUCUCCCUGCAUCAUCAUAACUGGUAAAGGUGUGCCUGAUGUCAACAGCAGACUGAUGGUGAGGAAACUGUGGGACACGCUUAACAUCCCUGUCUUUGCUCUGGUGGAUGCAGAUCCGUACGGCAUUGAGAUCAUGUGCAUCUACAAGUACGGCUCACGGUCUCUGGCCUUCGAGGCCCACAGUCUGACUGUCCCCAGUGUGCUGUGGUUGGGCCUCCUGCCUUCAGACAUCCAGAGCAUCAGCACAUUCAUGCGGCCGGCUUCCUGCUCCACCUCAUCCCAGAAACACAACUGGACCGAGAUCCUGCACGUGUGCAUGCGAUCGCAGCACACUGAUGUCAUGUUUGAGAAAACCGCUUGAGAAGAAGCAUCAUUUGUAGAUGAAAUUACAAAUGCAUUGGACUUAAUGGACUACGCAGUAGUUUUAAUCUGCUACAGCAGAGUAUGAUAAAUGAUCAGACCUGCUCUUAGCACAAUGCUAGUGUUAAGCGAGCACAUUUUAAUAUAUGUGCCUUCUGAAAUGUGAAAAUGUCAGCACAUCAGAAGUUUCUCAGAUGUGGGAAUCAGCACAUGGUGUCUCCGAGUUCACACGCCUUCCCAAUUCUGAUGUUUUGUUCAACAUCUGCGACACUUUAGGAUCGUGUCUGAGAGCCAGAAGGAAUGAUGACCACAAAAACUAAUUUAGAUUUGUCCUUUUCUUCAUAAGAAGAAUAGUGAAGCGUAUCAUUUUAUAAAAACACGCAUUAUACUGUUAAAACAUGCUUUAUUUGAGGUGUUAAGCUGAUGUCAAGUUAAACGUUUGACUUCAAAGUAAAUUUUAAAUAAUUAUGUUUUAAUAAUGUUUGGUUGUGCUUUAAAGAACUGCACUUGUUUUGAUGUGUAAGUAAAUCACACGUGAAGUACUUGAUUAUAGUUUCAAAUGUAGUGCAUUAAAUACUACAUUUAAAGUUAAUAUAUUCUAAAUUGCACCUUCAUCAUUACAAAUGUGUAAUUAUAUCUAAAUACAUGCACGUUUCAACAGAAGUGACAUUCAAGUAUAUUUAUCUUUACCAUAAAUGCUUGUCAGUACAUUCAGCAGUACACUUAUAUUUCAAAGUCAAUAGAAUUAUGAAAUUGCAUAUUAAGAUGCGAGAGUCCUACUUAAGUGGGUCAAAAGCAUUCUAAAGUUCAACUAACUGCAUUUAAUUUCAAUUUAAACUGUAAUACAUUUUCAUUUAAUUGCAGUUAAGUGUCUGAAAACGUUACAGUCAGUUCUGACUUAAAGGGAUCGUUAAUCCAAAAAUUUUAAUUCCGUCAUAAUUUACCCUCAAAUUGUCCAGAUGGUUUCUGGUGUAUUUUAUAGUAUCAACUUAACACUUAACUUGUAUUAAACCUAGAAUGAACCCACAUUAGUUCCAGUCACAUGCUUAUCUUUAGUAACUCUAGUACUAUGUACAUUGGGCAGAGAGUAUACGUAGUCUUAAGUGUAAAUUGCUUAGAUCAUGUAUAAUAGAUUAUUAUCCGUGCAUGAGUUCUCAUGGUGUCUGGUUA